UCUUCUGCUGUUGUUUGCGGUUGUAUUUGGAGGAUUUGACUCGGAUAGCUUAAUUUAAUUGUAAUGCUUUUAUACAAAUGGGAACCCUCUGUUAAAUGCAAUAAAUAAGGUGUAUUUGGAUAGAAAACAAUGCACAUCAAAUGGUAAGGUGUUUAAUCGAUGCAGGUGGACCAUAGACUGAAGAGGUGGACACAAGGAGAGUGUCCGUUUAAUCGCCUUGUUUACCACGUUUAACUUAAUAGUAAUUCCGCAAUCUGUGCAUUUUAUCGCCUCAUUAAAUAUCCAUCGGUGUGUCCAGAAGUAUAAACAGAGAGUAAUACUGCAAUGGUGGAGGACAGGGAGACUCAGGACAUUCAGUACUUUCCAGCAACGACCUGUCAUUCCUCCUCAACUCUACCAAAGACUUUCAGCUAGCUCACAGUUUCUUAUCUUAUAUGUUUUUUUAUUUAAACAAUCAUGGCUGCUGCUUUGUUCAGGAAAGGAACAGGAUUAUAUGUGAGGUUUAUUCACAGAGAGUUGUGCAGACUUGUGUGGAGGCCGCAGACUGCUCGGUUCAGCACCAAAGCAACAGACGGAAAACAACCACGCAGAACACACAUCAAAAAAGCCAAGCCUCAACCAGCUCUGGAUGUCGCCAAACUCCUGGAGCAGCUUUACUCCCAGCGCAGGCCGGGCACAGCGACCUCCGUCGGUAAAGCUCGACUUGUCAAAGCCUCUUCCACACCUCUGUCAUCCGUCACUGCUGCUCCAGUGGGACCACCAAAAGAUCCAGUAGAAGCCAAAGCAGAAGCUUCAGCUGAAGAAGCACAAACCAAAAACACAGACUCAGGAGUGACUGAUGUCUCACACACUGCCAAAGAAGUGCCCUUAGUAGAGACUUUUGUAGAAUCACCAGCAGAAACCAGCCAUUUACCUGCGGAAACACUUGAAACAAACGCAGCUGUUGACAGCCCAGCAGAGCCUAUGAUAAAAACCCCACAAGAUGUAGCAGCUGAAACCAAAAGCACGGACACAGUGGUUGACAUUUCACAUGCUGAAACAUUAGAAACUUCAGUAGAACCCACAGUGGCUAUAGAAGUAGAUUCUCCAGCUCAAGAAAUACUAAAUGACAGCACAGACUCAGGUCCUUUAAUCCUCUCAAACUCUGCUGUAGAAGAACCCUUAACAGAAACAGUAGAAUCAUCAGAUAAGGCCGGCACCUCUCCUCAGGAAACAUUAGAGAAUAGAGCUGCUGUUGCUGAAGGUUCAGUAGAAACCACACUAGAGACUGUAGCAGAUACCACAGCUCAAGCUGUUCAAACCAGCAGCACAGAGCCCAGUCCUUCAAACCUCCUGCACGCGGCUGCAGAAGCCUUAAAAAGAACAACACUAGAACCAGCAUUAGAAACAAGUAUCUGUCCUCAGGAAACAAUAGACGGGGGUGCUGUUGAGCCAAAAGUUGAUGCAGCAGAAGAUUCUCCAGAUCAGUUAGUACAAACAGCAGCAGACUCAGGUCCUGUUAGCAUCUCACACACUGCUGAAGAAGAAACAAUAAUAGAACCAACAGUAGAGGCCAGUACCUGUGCUCUGGAAGCAGUAGAGACUAAACUGGAUGUUGCAGAAGAAGAAGUAGAAACUGCAACGGGGGUUGCUGCUGAGCCAAAAGUUAAUGCAGCAGAAGAUUCUCCAGAACAGUUAGUACAAACAGCAGCAGACUCAGGUCCUGUUAGCAUCUCACACGCUGCUGAAGAAGAAACAAUAAUAGAACCAACAGUAGAGGCCAGCACCUGUGCUCUGGAAGCAGUAGAGACUAAACUGGAUGUUGCAGAAAAAGAAGUAGAAACUACAAUAGAAACUCUAGCAGAUACAGCAACCAGCAAAGACUUGGAAGUGAUUAACACCACAGAGGAACCUUCAGCAGAGAAUGUAAUAGAAACGAUAGUAGAGGCCAGCACAUGUUCUCCAGAGAGUGGAGCUGCUCUUUCUGAAAGUGCAGCUGAGCCUACAUCAGACACUACAGUUGCUGACAGCCUCUCACAUGUCACUUUACUCCAAAAUGCACAAGAAUUUGCACCCCUCUCUUUGGACAACAAAGUAGAGUCCACACAAGAAUCAUCAUCAGUAAAUGUCCCUGUAGCAGAAGAGGUGAUCAAUUCUGAACAAAUGACUCUGGAGUCCGUAACACUUCAUGGAGUUCAGGUUGAAGUACAGUCUUUAGAAAGUGAAGAGCUCUUCCAAACAAACAGUUGUCUUGAUGAGAAAGUAGAACAAGAACUCCAGGAGCUGCUGGUACAGACGGGGAGUGGAGCUGAAAGCAGAGCUGCAGCUGAAACAGAAAACCCAAGGGAUGAUGAGAGCAAACACUUAAGUGAAGUUCUCUCAAAAUGGAACUCGCUGUCUGACGAUCUGCAAGAGUUGGAAGGAGAAAGUGGUACCUUAGUGAAAGAGCUGCUCUGGCAUGUUCCUGCAGUGAUUUCCAAAACUCCUGAUUUGGUCUCUGGUCCACCUGCAGGAGCAAACAGAGACUCUUUGCACACAGAGGAGAAGGAAACUGAAGCAGAGGCCAUGACGCUGGAAUCAAUAACUCUAGCUAAUGUGAAAGCUGAAGUAAGAGUUCUUGAACCAGACGAUCUUCUAGAAACAAGGAAUGAACUUGAGAAAAAGGCUGAGGUACUUGCAAAGGAGGAGAAGAUGGAAGUGACUACGAAGAUAGAGGAAGAAGAGGAUGCUGUUUUUGAUAGCACAACUGAGGCUGAGCUUUUAUCACUAGAUUCUAUCGCUGAAGCAACUGAAGCAAUAGAAGCUGAGACAUCCAUUAUCUUAGAGGCCAUGUUUGGUUCUGAGCAAGGAUCAAGGCAGCCACCUGAAAAUGUACUCGAUGACCCGAAACAGGCUAAAGCGAUCAGCCAGGAAGCAGAAAAAGACUCAACAGAGCGGGAAAAGAGUAUCGUGGAGGCCAUGACUCUCGAGUCUGUGACUUUGGCUGAAGUCGAGGCGUCAUUGGGAAGUCUGGAGAGUGACUUUCUGAGUGAAACUUCAAAUUAUCUGGAGACAGAAGCUGAAGCUCUUGCCAAAGAGGAAAAGAUGGAGGUUAAAGAUGAGAUGGUGUCUGAAGAGGCAACUGAGGCUCUGAACAUUGAGUCUCUGUCUCUGCCUGAAGGUGAAGGUCUGUCUGAAGCUCUGCAGGUGGAUGAACUGAUGGAGGAGCUGCUCUUUUCUGUUCCUGGGCCGAUAAAAGGUGUAACUGAAGGCCUGAUUGAGCCGGAGGCUGCAGGAGCAAAUAUAGUGGAUGCAUCUGUUGCCACUGGGUCAGUAUGUGUUGAAACGCUGGCUGAGAUGAAGGAUGACUUUUCAGCUCCUCCAACUGAGAUGCUACAGGCACAGGAAAUGGAGGAGGUCGAGGAGGUGGAGGGAGCACGGACGGAAGGCUUGGAGAAUGUUGUUGAAGCAGGGACACAAACAGAUUUAGAUCCAGUACAGAGACUCUUCCUGGAGAAGAUCAGAGAAUACAGCAACAUGCGCAAGCUGAAUGGAGGACUGCUUGAGGCAGAGCCUGAUUACAAAAAAAACCUGUCAGAGGAGGCAGCAAAGCUCCAGAGACUGUAUGGAGGAGGAGACCUGGACAGCUUCCCUGAGUUCAGCUUUACUGAGCCAGAAACGGACCAGGACUCCAAAUGAUCCAUGAUGCCUACCAUCUACAGUUUUUGCCCUUCUGUAACCUCUUCUCCUUUGGCCUUUUCUCUGUGACUUCCUCCUCCAAUCCCCCUCCUUUUACCAUAUGGAGCAGAAAAGAGACGAGGCAUUAGAGGUUUGCUUGGGUGAUCCGUUAUGAAAAUAAGGGGAAAAGUAUUACUGGCUACGUAUCUAAACUAUGCAAUAAUAAAGAAAUACAUUUAUUUUAUUAAAGUAGCACUUUAAAAGAAUUAUGUCUUGUGUUUUGUGAUGCAUGUUUGGAUGUCUGUAAUAAAGAUUGAAGUGUUA